AUGGCUGGCCGUAAAGUAAUUCUUUUAGUAGAUAAUGCCAGAUGCUAUUCUUCUAGUAAUUUAAAUCUUCACAACACCACCGUCUACUAUCUUUCUCCAAAUACAACAUCUCAUAUACAACCUCUGAAUACUAGCAUUAUCAUAUCUUUUAAGCAUCGUUAUAAAAAUUAUUUCAUAAAAUGGUUGCUUAAUCAGUAUGAAUCUAAAAAAGAUGAUAAAUUAAAUCACACAAAAAUUCUUCUAGUUCAAAGUAACAAAGAGCCUACUAAUGAUGAUAAUGACAAUGAGUUAAUAGAAGAGAUGAAAGUGGAUAUUGAAGCACUUAAUUUUCAAAAUACGAUAGAUCUUGAAGUCUACAUUAAUUAUCUAGAGGAGGAAGAUACAAAUGAAGCCUUGAAUGAUCAGAAAAUCUUAACUUUAGUUACUAACAUAGAACCUGGGAAAGAUCUAAAUGAAGAUGACAAUAGUGAAGAAGAUGAAAAUAACA